UUUUGAUCUCCGAAUAGCAUACACUAUCCAGACACCUGCAGCUGGUUAUUAUGCCUGAACCCGCCAAGAGCGCGCCCAAGAAGGGCGCCAAGAAAGCUGUCGCCAAGAGUGCUAGCAAGUCAGGCAAAAAAAGAAAGAGGAGCAGGAAGGAGAGCUACGCCAUCUACGUGUACAAGGUGCUCAAGCAAGUGCACCCCGACACCGGCAUCUCGUCCAAGGCCAUGAGCAUCAUGAACUCGUUCGUCAACGACAUCUUCGAACGCAUUGCGGUUGAGGCGUCUCGUCUGGCUCACUACAACAAGCGCUCCACCAUCACGUCCAGGGAGAUCCAGACCGCCGUGCGUCUCUUGUUGCCCGGUGAGCUGGCCAAGCACGCCGUGUCCGAGGGCACCAAAGCCGUCACCAAGUACACCAGCUCCAAGUAGACCUCUUCAAUCAAAACACAAAAACGGCUCUUUUAAGAGCCACACGAAAUUCUCAGAAGAGCACUUGACGUCUGAUUUCAAAGAUAAAUUACUACAAGCCCCGGUUUAAGAUUGUAUUCUCCCGAAUUAGCAGUCACUUAGUAAACAAAACGUCUUGAAAAAUGCUAGCCUCCCAAUUAAAUUUUAGAAAAUGGAAAAAACACAUUUAGCAUAGCACAAAACGUAAUUGGUUACGAUAGAUGUAACUUCGAUAGGGUGCGUCUUCUGCAUAUAUUCAUUUACACACUUUCUAGUGUUUUGAAUGAAAUCAUCCACCUAACCCUAUUCUCGCCUGCUUUUCCUCACGAGAGUUGGGUCGCGGGAAUACCGGAGCCUAUCCCAGCUGUCAACGGACAGGAGGCAGGGUACACCCUGAACUGGGUGCCACCUAAUCGCAGUAUCAUAUACCCGCAGUAUUAUAUCAUGGAAACUCCCAAUAAACCUGAGGGCAAAUUAGUCUCGAGUGAAUCCAUUGUUUUUGGGAUGUAGGAGGAAAGAAACCCCACGCAUGAACGUCCC